GGAGCGCUGUGGCGUGUCUCGGCUUCCGUAGAGCAUCGAGCAAGAUGGCAGCCUCCGAGACUGUUAGGCUUCGGCUUCGAUUUGAUUACCCGCCGCCAGCCACCCCGCUCUGCAUGGACUUCUGGCUUCUGGUCGACUUGAACAGAUGCCGGGUAGUCACGGAUCUCAUUAGUCUCAUCCGCCAGCGCUUCGGCUUCAGUUCCGGGGCCCUCCUCAGCCUCUACUUGGAGGGGGGGCUCUUGCCCCACGGCGAGAGCGCGCGCCUGGUCCGAGACAACGAUUGCCUCAGAGUUAAAUUAGAAGAGCGAGAAGUCGCUGAGAAUCCUGUGGUAGUCAGUAAUGGUGAUAGUACUCACUUCUUACCUAGAAAAGCAAAGAAGCGGUCAUUUAAGUUGGAGGAGGAUGAAGAAACUGAUUACAGAAAUUCAAAGAAGCAUUGGAAGAGGCGAGAGAACAACAACGAGAACACUUCGGAUCCAGAACCAAAAGCGGUCACAGAUCAGAGUGGGAGGGGAAGAAACAAGAGGAAACACAAAGCCACACUUGAUGUAGUAGAUGAGGAUGACAAAGAGACGAAAAGAAAAUCACCAAAGAAGAAGGAGAAACGUGCAUAUAGAAAACAGACGAAGAAUCCCAAGUCUUCUAAAGCACAGACAGCGAAAGAGUGGACUGUCCAGAAGUGUAGUCCUCCCAAAGGUUCUGCUCGAAAAAGCCUUGUUAAAACCAAGAGGAAAGGUGGCGUGGACGUCCGUGCAAAAGGUAGUCCCAGUUCCUCCUCAGAGUCUGAGUCUUGUCAUGAUUCAGCCAGCGAACAUUUGAGCAAUGUCAUCUUGGAGAUCAGAAAGUCCUCAGAGAAAGUGUCAACUGCAUCAAAGGAAGGGCCCUCUAUAAACACAACUGCAAACAAAGUAGCUACAAAAAUUGCCUUUAACUCUGCCCCCAUCGAGGACAAGACAACCAGAACCUCAGACUCCAGUUCAGACUCCAGUUCAGAUUCAGAUGACCAAAGCGAGGCGUCAAAGAGUUCCCUGGAGAAGACUGUGGGGCCCUUAAAGCCAGUAGGCCUGUUUGCAGGCAGAGGUCGUCCAGGUCUGGGGCCUUCAUCACAGACUCUAAAUGCUACUGGAUGGAGGAACUCUGACUCAAAUGGUGGCAGGCAGACUCCUCCUGGUCCUCCCAACGUGACUCUCCCUACCAGUUUGGGAAGAGGUUGGGGUAGAGGAGAGGACCUUCUUUCUUGGAAGGGAGUUAGGGGUCGGGGCGCGCGGGGGAGAGGUCGAGGACGAGGACUUGCUGUUCCCCUUGUUUUAAAUAGAGACGCUGAAUAUGAGAAGCAGCAGCAUUUAAAUGAAACAGUAACAAACUCAUCUACUAUUAUCCAGAAUCCCGUACGGACACCCAAGAAGGACUACAGUCUGUUACCACUGUUAGCAGCUGCCCCCCAAAUUGGAGAGAAGAUUGCAUUUAAGCUUUUGGAACUAACACCUGAUUAUUCGCCUGAUGUCUCUGACUACAAGGAAGGAAAAAUAUUGAACCACAAUCCAGAGACCCAGCAAGUAGAUAUAGAAAUCCUUUCAUCCACACCUGUUUCACCCAUAAAAGAACCUGGGAAAUUCGAUUUAGUUUAUCACAACGAAAAUGGAUCUGAGGUUGUGGAGUACGCUGUGACACAGGAGAGAAAGAUCACUGUUUUUUGGAGACAGUUGAUUGAUCCAAGACUGAUUGUUGAAUCUUCGAGUAACAACACAUCAAGCACAGAGCUUGCCUAAGACCUCUCCACCUUGUAGUGUAUAAAUGUCUUGUUUGUGAAAGUGACUAUAACCUGAACUUUUAAAAAAAAGAUUUGAAAUUUGUAUGCAGUUUUCUGCAUAGGACAGAAUAUCUACCUCAUCAUUGAAAAUAACAUGAGUGUGUUGCUUUCUAGUCUUUUUUUUUUUCAGGUUUAAUUUUAGUAACAAAUUUUU